AGGGCGCUGUUUAAUUUACAGCGGUGGUGGGCAGGUUUCGAAAAUAACAGAUGUGAUUCGAGAACCGAAGAGUCGGAAUACGGAAUAAUACCUCGAAAAGCAACCAGUACUAGGCCUAAAGCGACUGGAUUUAUAAAACAAUGGCUUUUCUUAAAUGGUUUCGCUUGGGUGGUAUUUUCAAUGCAACAAGAAGCCUUCUAACCAGCCAACAACUCACCAUCUGUUCUCACCGUGGUUUCUUGACAAGUAGUGUCGGCAGAAAUGCUGAAACAGAUAGCACUUCCAACAACAGACCAGCCAAGACUGGCGUGAUGCUGCUGAAUAUGGGAGGCCCUGAGACGGUGGAUGAAGUCCAUGAUUUCUUGCUUCGUCUCUUCCUGGAUAAGGAUCUUAUACCUUUGCCUGCACAAAACCGACUUGCCCCUUUCAUAGCCAAGCGUCGCACUCCCAAGAUUCAAGAACAGUACAAAAAGAUCGGUGGUGGAUCACCCAUCAAAAUGUGGACCAAUAAACAAGGCCAAGCAUUAGUCACACUUCUAGACAAGAUGUCUCCAGAGACAGCACCACACAAGUACUACAUUGGUUUCCGUUACGUGAAGCCACUAACGGAAGACACAGUUGCUGAAAUGGAAAGGGAUGGCAUUGAGAGGGCAGUAGCAUUCACUCAGUACCCACAAUACAGCUGCUCCACUACAGGAAGUAGCCUGAAUGCCAUCUAUAAACAUUAUUCAAAGCAUCCUGAGUUAGCAGCCAAUAGCAAGAUGCGAUGGAGUGUGAUUGACAGAUGGCCCACCCACCCUGGACUUGUCAAGGCCUUCACACAGCUUGUCAAAAAUGAACUAGAAAAGUUUCCUGAAGAUGUCCAGGAUGAUGUGGUCAUAUUAUUUUCGGCUCACUCCUUGCCAAUGAGUGUUGUAAACAGAGGUGACCCCUACCCAGCCGAGGUCGGCGCAACAGUACAGAGGGUCAUGGAAGCACUAGACUUUUCUCACCCCUACAGAUUAGUGUGGCAGUCCCAGGUUGGACCUUUGCCAUGGUUGGGUCCACAGACAGACGCUGCCAUCAAGGGACUCAGCAAGAAUGGACGCAAGAACAUUCUUCUAGUUCCCAUAGCCUUUGUCAACGAUCACAUUGAGACACUUCAUGAACUAGACUUGGAAUAUGCAGAUGAAUUGGCUAAAGAGUGUGGUGUUGAGAACAUCAGGCGUGCCGCAUCACUGAAUGACCAUCCCAUUUUCAUUGAGGCAAUGGCUGAUCUUGUGACACGUCAUCUGGCUUCAGGUAAGACAUGCUCUACGCAGUUACCUUUGAGAUGUCCAGAGUGUGUCAAUGCCGUCUGUGGUAAAACCAAGGAAUUUUUUGCCAAUCAGCAGCUGUAAAUCUGUCCCUUAAAGGUGCAGUUGACAGCGGAAGAAAUGGCCUGGUUCCCAUUUCUGUCCAGUGAUGUAGAUUUUGCAGAUUUUGUUAACAUUUCCGCAACUUGGAAUUUCAAAAGUUCCAAAAAUGAGGUCUUUGGAAAUUUAUUUCCUCCAGAAUUUUGGAUAAAGAUUCAAGUCUGGAUUUUAAUGAUAGUAUAGAAAGUAACUGCCUUAAGGGUUUCUACAGGGUAUAGAGCAGUAGCGUCUCAUUUUGCAACAGUGAAAAGAAUUUUCGAUGUAAUUUUCUUACCAUUUUGUUUGUAGGGUCUAAAAAGCUGAAGAAUUUGCAUUUGCUGUCAUCAAAUUCCUCUAAGAAAUUUUUAUUUUGCAUUUUAGUAGUAAUAGCUAGUAUCUACAUUUAUUUGCAAUUUUUUUUGGAGUUUUUCCUGCUUCUUUUUCAUGUUUGGAAAAGAUUGUUGGGAGAUAUUUGUCACCUAUCACCACAAAAUAAGCAGAACGUCGGAAUUUUCAAAUACUGACAUAGUAGUAUUUUUGAAUUCAGCAGAAAGAGAGCCUUCCAUUGGUAUGUACAUGGAAACUUAGUGUAAGAGUACAAGAUGACAAUGUGACAUUAUUCUGGCAGUUUUAUGGCUUAGUUUCUGACGUUGUUUCAACAUUUCUUAGCAGGCACAAAUAAUUAAUGCUUUCAUCAAAAUUGUGGAAAAAAUUACAUUUUUGAAUAUGUGAUCCUGCAAGAAAAUUGGAAUUAAAUAGAGGGGUUACUCUUUCCAAAUAUUAUAAAACCCCAAAGUGACCUCCACUUCAGAAUUUUACUUUUAACCCCCAAAAUAGGAAAGAGUGGAACGCAACUUAAUGCUCAUUUUGUUGUGUCUGGCUUUAUGCUCAUUUUGUUGUGUCUGGCUUUAUGCUCAUUUUGUUGUGUCUGGCAGACACAACAAAAUGAGUGUAAAGUUGCAUUCCACUCUUUCCUAUCUGGUCACAUUUGGUGGCACUUCUCAGCAUCAUCAAUGAAAUACUUUCAGGUACCAAUCAAUAUGCUUCACCUUACACUGCAAGUUCAAACUUCCUGCUUCUUUAUUGUGAUAAAGCAGCACCUGAGGAAAUAAGUUUACAAAGAUAACUUAAUACGACAAAAAUGGCAUGGUUUACUUUUGUUACAGUUAGUCACAAGCACUUCUACCGACCAUAAUCACAAAAUAGUUGACUGUAUUAAACUGCCAAAUCCUUCAUUACAAGAGCAUUUUUGUGCUUGUAACAUCACAAUAAAUCAUUAGACACUGCUUUAGUAAACAUAAAUAAUACCUCCACUCCCCCCCCCAAAAAGGGGGGCUAGUUUUGUACAUAAAGGUGCUGGAAAAAUGUUAAAUGAUGGACUUCUCUUAUUUAAUUCUGCCAAAAUAAUAACUGGAAGAAUGGGCCAAAAAUAUUGCCAUGAGAUAUUUACCUGUACAGUUUGCCAAUGAUGUCGUCAUCCCUGUGCUCCAUGUAAACAGGGCAACACAGACUGAUAUACAGCGUAUAUUAUCAUUAGUCAUAGGCCAAGGUCGAUAGAGGGAUCCCAAUACAACACUUUUAGCGUUGACCUGUGCACUUCCGCGUUUGAAAACGAGGCUGUAUGUGUCAGCUUCAGUUCUUAAUGCAAUCAGAUGAUUGAAAGUAAGGAGUCAGGACACAAAAUACAUAAAGGAUAGUUAAAUUCAGACUUUUUAGGCUGCAAAAUUUUGUGGAAGAGGCUUUUAGGAUGACUUGACAAGUAAAAUCAAAAGAAAAAAUAGCAACAAUUGACCGCGAACUAACGUACCUGCGAUGGUCGUGUAUCUUGUGCAGU